AUGAAAUUCGGAUCAAAGAGAGGAUGGAAAACCAUCAUACCCCUUCGUUUGAAAGGCAAAUCAGCCACGUGCUUUUGUUUGUUUCCCAAACCAAGACCAGCUAGCUAUGGUCCAGGUGAUACACCAGUUUAUCUCAAUGUGUAUGACUUGACAACAAUGAAUAGCUAUGCCUACUGGGCAGGCCUCGGCAUCUUUCACUCUGGUGUAGAAGUUCAUGGAGUAGAAUAUGCAUUUGGAGCUCAUGACUACCCAACAAGUGGUGUUUUUGAGGUAGAACCUCGGCAGUGUCCGGGCUUCAAGUUCAAGAAGUCCUUAUUCAUAGGGACCACAUGCCUGGACCCCAUUCAGGUUAGGGAAUUCAUGGAGAGGCAUGCUGCAAGCUAUCAUGGUGAUACAUAUCAUUUGAUUGUUAAGAACUGCAACCAUUUCUGCAAGGAUAUUUGUUACAAGUUGACUGGGAAACCAAUUCCAAAGUGGGUAAAUCGACUAGCAAAAAUAGGUUCAAUAUGCAACUGCAUACUUCCUCAAUCCCUUAAGAUAUCUGCUGUUCGACAUGACCCCUGCGGCCAACCUUAUGAUAGUGAGAAGAGAAGGUUGAGAAGUGCUUUUAGUUGCUUGUCUUCAAUCUCAAUGCGACAAAAACAGCUGUCAACAUCAUCAUUAUUGUUACAAUCGCCUUUGAAAGGCUGCCUACCAUGGGAAUUGAGAAAGUCUAUGAAUGGUUCCUUGAAAGAAAGAUGA